AUGGUGUCUAAUGCCACCACCCUUGAGACACUUGAUAUAGCAAUCAGCAACAUAGAAGGCCCAAUAUCAAAUGUUGAGUCGGGUAAACUCUGUAAUCUGCAGGAUUUGUAUCUAACACAGAAUAAACUCAACGGAGACAUAAGCAGAGUAGUGGAAGGGUUGUCUAACUGCAGCAACACGACCCUAGAGUUCUUAGGCCUUGCUGGAAACUGGUUGACAGGGCAGUUUCCAAAUUCAUUAGGACAUUUGAAGAACUUAAGGAUUCUUAGUAUAUCUUUUAACCAGAUAUCUGGCACGAUUCCCACAUCUAUUGAGCAACUGUCAAGACUCCAUCAACUGAAGUUUUUAGCCAUAUCAUGUGGAGAAAGGUUUUCUGUCAACUUGAGCAGUGAAUGGAUUCCUCCAUUUAGCCUCACAUAUAUCGAGAUAAGGAAAUGUGCUUUCGGCUCCAAGUUACCGACAUGGCUGAAAACUCAAAAGCAGCUUCAUACUAAUAUUCUCUCCAACGGCUCCGUUUCAGAUUCUAUACCUCCUGGGCUUUGGACAAUGUGCUCACAAUUGCAGUUUCUAGAUCUAUCAGAUAAUGAGAUUGGUGGAAAUCUUCCAAGGUUAGUAAAUUUUCCGUCAUCCCAAAUCUGGACAGCAGACUUCUAUUCUAGUUACAGUGAUGGUGUUGUGGUGGACUUAAGUUCCAAUAGCUUCCAUGGUUUGUUACCUCUUUGGCCAAAUGUAACACAUUUGAAUCUUGCAAACAACCUGUUUUCAGGAUUAAUUCCCAUAAACAUUGGUCAUGUGAUGACAAAACUCCAAGUUUUAGAUCUUUCUGGAAAUACAUUUACAGGAUCUAUACCAUAUUCAAUAACAAGAGUGAAGCAGCUAAUGAGAUUGGACCUCUCAGACAAUCAUUUUUCUGGAAAGAUACCUGACUGGUCUGUCAGCCUUGGGCACUCUGAAUUUAUCUUGGAACCAAUUAUCAGGAAGAAUUCCAGAGGACAUAGGAGCAUGCAGCAAUUGGAGACACUAGACCUUUCAUCUAACCAUCUCUCUGGUUCUAUCCCAUUGAGCAUGACUUCAAUCACUACACUAAGCUAUCUUAACUUGUCAUAUAAUAACCUUGGUGGCCCUAUCCCAUCAAAAAACCAAUUUGGAACCUUCACUAAUCCUUCAAGUUUUGAAUGUAAUCCAGAACUCUCUGGGAAACCAUUGAUUACAGAUUGCUCUCCACCAAGAAAAAGAGAUCUCAAGAAAAUUGAAGAAGAAGAUGAUGAUGAAAGGCUGUGGUUUUAA